AUGUGGGUGGACCUUGGCACUGGUCGCCACUUGGCUGACCAUGAUGUGCAAACGAACAGCAGCGAUGACCAUGAAGCCCGCAUCCCAUCAAAAAUCGUCGCCUUUCUGGAGACAGAGCUCCUGCCAGACGGGGGAACGCUGACAGUGAGGACGAAUGACUUCCGUGGGCAACUCCUCGUCAAGGGCCUUCAGUACGAGUACGCCUUGAUGCAAACGUCUGACCCAGAAACCUUGGCAGAUCUCAAGCUUCAAAAUCCUGCAGAUGUAGACGAAGCUGAAGGGCUGGGAGCCAAAGUCGCAAAGUCCCAGCGGUUUAUUGCGGAUUAUCCGCCUUUGGAUGGCGUGGUGACCAUGACGCCGCAGUCUGGCUUUGCCGUCACCACUGCUUUCGCAGGAUCAACCACAGGUUGGGUCGACGAAGCAUUGGAGAACAACACGUACGCGUUCUACAUUUUCCCCUACGAACAGAACGGCACAGUUUCUGCCGAUGGAUCUGGAGGCAUCACAGUCAAUGGGACGUUCUCACAUCCUUCCGUGGAUUUCACGGAUGCUUCCAGUCCAAGCUUUUGGACCAAGAUGGGUGGAACUUUCCUGAAGAAUAUCUCCGCAAACGCUCCUCCAUGGAACGUUUCUGUCGCCGCCGGUGUUUACUUCACCGCAGCGGUUGCCAGAGACCCCUUAGGAGCAAUUUCAGUUGCUUACGCACCAGGGCCCGUGGUAGAAGUUCCAGCAGGCGGCCUCAGCGCGGCCGAAGCCAGUGCUGCGAUAGACGCAGCAUUGCAGAGUGCAGAUCCUGGGGUAAUUUUGGGAAUGCUGGACUCCUUGACCUCGGUACCACUGGCCACGAACGACACGGCUGGCCAGGCGGAAGCCAACGCGAAGAAGUUUGAGGUGUUUGAAUACGUUCAGCAGUACCUUGGCCAUGCUUGGUUCCGAUUGCAGGCGCUGAAGGUGGCCUCGGACAUUGUAGAAACAGACGCUGGCAGCCAGGGCCUCGACCAACGCCUUCAGAAAUUCGGCAGCGUGGUGACUGAAGUCUUAAAGUCCUCGGGAACCAAUGGCAGUGCGACUGCUGAUGCUGCAUCGGCCGACCAAGCUUCCGAUGCACUCACCAACGUGCUUGAAGCGGCGCUGGGCGCAACAGGCGUGGAUGAGGCUGCUGGCAACGCCUUGCUGAGCUCCAUCUCUGCUGUGGGAGACAGCUAUGCCGCAGUGCAGACGGGACAAGCAGAAGCCGCGGCUGCCAGCCGUGCCGCAAAGCUUGAAGUCAUGACCUCGCAAUUGGGCAGCGCGGCCCUGGCGACGACGCCGGUGGGUGGCUCCACCACGCUGAGCUCCGUCGAUGACACGGGCAAGGGCCUCGAAAUCAACGUCCAGAAGGAGGACAUCAGCGCAGCUGUUGAAAAUGGUAUUGCUGGCGAGGGCUUGCAGAUACCUGGCAACGCUUUGAGUGGCCUCAGUGGCCGACGUCUUCAAAGUGGGUGCACCACUUUAGCCGUCCAGCAGACUGAUUGGGUUCAGAGCAACCCAUUCGGAUAUCUCAAUACUAGUGUGGGUAUCAACCUCUACGUUCCAGCGACUGCGACGGUGAAAGUGUUGGAACUGAAGCAAUGCGACACCAUCGUGACUGUCCCGAACCUGGCUGAACCCAUCGCGAUGACUUUGCAUCUGCCCUCGGCUCCAGAUCCGGGUGCUGCUCCAGAGGGCUACGCCUUCGAGGCGGUCUGUGCAAGGUUGGACCCGCUCGGGCAGGCAAUGCAUCUCGACCAAGGCUGGUCGACGAGCGUCACGUCCUGGUUCCUGCCUACCAGCUACACAGCCACUACAGUCGACUGCCGCGCGACAACAUUGGGUGGUGCUUAUGCUGGCAUCUACCUGCCAGUGCCGCUCGCAACGGCGACCUCCAGCACGACUCGGACGGUCUCAGUCACUUCGACCGAGACGUCGACCACCCGCCCCAUAGAUGAGCCUGAACCUGCAGACACGGGCAUGGCGGUUGGAACUUCAGUGGCCUCAAUUGCCUUUGUGAUGGUGAUUGGGUUAUGCGCCUGGCAGGCGUAUGCUGGAAACGUGAACCUGAAGGUGAACAUCGAUACCAAAGCCUCUUGCAAGUGGAUGGCCGAAUCAGUGCAGAAGGCGAAGAUUCGGGUGCAGCCCUUCGAGCCACCAAGCGGGCCCACGCGAGCCUGGGAAGAGCCAUCUGCGAAACCGCCGGAGGAGAUUCAGACAGGUCCACACUCCCAGCGUGACGCACAGGAGCACUUCUGGGAUUGGGCACGAGAUUUGGCACAGUCUGCUUCGCAGCCAGAUUUGCCCCGUGGCAGCUCCUUUGGAUUCGGCCAGUCUGUGGCAGGGACACCUCCAAGCAUUCCAAGGCCACAUUUCCCCGUGGCAAAGCAAUCGGAUGAGAAGGAGGAGUAUUUUCAAUCCUUUGCGCAGGAACUCAGUGAUAUUAUCGGGUCCGGCGUGCCGAAUGCGGUUGCAGAGGCUCCUGCCAUGCCCAAGACGCCUCCUCCACCGCCUCCAAAGCGUCCGUCGAUUGCAGAUGUCAACCCUCCGGCACCCCCAUGGUCACAACGAAGGCCUAGCCUCCUAAAGGCCACAACACCACCUCUCCCACCACCCAUGUUGGAGAAUGCCGAGCGCAUUGACGUGCGAGUAGACCAAGCCUUUUCUGAUUGGGCCAGCGACUUUGCCCUUUGCAGGCCACCAAGCCCCACACAAGCCAAGGGAAUACCUCCACCUCCCCCACCCCGCCGCUCUGCACCUGCGCAGAGCACCCUGCCUUUGCCGCCACCUCGGCCUCCGAGCAUUACGAGUGGGAGCGACAGUGGCAGACCAAGCCCCCCACCAAUACCAUCCCUCCGCGAGAACGAUCCCCACGAGUGGAAUCAGCUCUCACAUCGCCCAAGCUUUGCUUCCAUUCCACCAGCGAAGUCCACUGAUGUGCCGCGGCCUCCGCCACCGCCAAUACCGCAGGGAGACCGACCGAGGCAGCCCAUCGUGCCACCAGCACCGAGCGAGCAUCGUGUCCUGGGACUGGGACCACCUCCGCUCUCUGGCGCACCAGCCCAGCCGUCUUUACCACCUCCCCGACCCAGCGGCAGGCUCGACAAGCCAGUGACGCCACCAGUGAUGACGCGUGGCGACCGCCCGCGCGUACCGCUCGUGCCACCGUCAGUCAGCACGGUCAGGCCGGGAAUGCAGUUGGCGAUGCCUUUGCCCAAACAACAGCCUCUCCAACCACCGGGAGUGCCUGAAGGUGUCGAGGAUGAUGAUCUUCCGCCCAGAAGUUGCCGCGGUCGUGAGCAGAAUGCCUCCACCCCUCGAGUGCCGAUGAGAGGGGUCGCCGGCCUCACAGGCAAGUGGAUAACAGCAGCUCUAUGGUGCCUCAGGACUUUGCAGGCUGACACAUUGGGGCUUGAAUCCGCGGAGCUCGCACGCGGCUUUACAACCCUUCUGCUCCGGUUCACAGAGAAUGUUAAUGUCUCCGCUUUUUCUGACUGCGAUGCUGUGCUGCCUGGAACAUCAUUGCAGAAGAUGGGCACUUCACCACAGUGUCGGUGGCUAUUGGGUGGCCUGGCGUUUCAGGUGAUGCUGGGGCACCAACCCACGCUGGAGCUGGGCGACACGAUCGAGCUUCCUGCUGUGGGAUCAGCGCUGCAGGCAACGGUCAACUCGUCGGACCAGCCAGAAGCUGUGGCAUCACUGAAGCUGUUGCCGGCACAGGUGCAGCGCUGUGGCCUAGUGGAUGUAGCGGUGGAUGCUUCCCUCUCCAGCGGCGGUGCUGGGCGGUUGCUUCAAGCGGAGUGGCGAACUGGUGCAGGCAGUCAGCUUCAAGCCGGACAGGUGAUCCAGGACCUGUUGGCAGCGCAGAAUGGGACCUUAAGCUUUACGCUGCCAGCGACGAGCAUCGCCAGUGCUGUCGAUGCCGCUGUGGCGGCGAAUGCUUCGCUCACUAUGGUGCAUGUCGAACUGGUACUCACCGUCACGAACUGGCUUGGCCUCACGAGUGAGACUUCGGCGACUCUGGAGGUUGAUCUGUCAGAGGUGCAGCUCCCAGUCCUAGAGGCUUCGCCCAGCAAGUCCAUCCGCACCAACCAGUCCGUCACCUUCAAUGUUUUGGCGAGGUACGCGCAGGCAGCGAACUGCACUGCAGCUUCUUCGGCGACCGUGAGCAUUAGCUGGGACUAUCGGUCUGGCUCCGGCCCAUGGCUCUCCCUGGAGAACGCUUCGCUCCAGGAGAGCCUCAUAACUCCUUGGAUGCUCCGCUUUGCUCCCUUCAGCUUUCCGCCGGGCUCCUCGCACCAGCUUCGCGUCAAUGCGGCCUUUAGCCCAACGCAAGUGCGGCAGCAUGUGUUUCAGCUUGACGUCGCAGCGGCUGCACCAAUGGUGCCCGUCGUAACUGGGCCAUCACUUCUGCCCGAAACCUGCGAGCUUGUUCUGGAUGCAUCGCAGUCUUUCGACCCAGAUCACGAAAGCGAACCGCAGUACUUCUGGUCAUGUGCUGCUAACAACACGGCCUUCAAUUGCCAUUCGCUUUCCAACUUCCGCACGGUCACCUGGACGAACACCGACGGUUCGGGCGCAUCGGGCGCAGCUCUGCGGAUCUCAGCGGGGCAGCUGGUAGAAGACCUUUACACCUUCAACGUCACGGUAAUUCGGGCCAGCGACCGUGCAGCUUUUGAGAUUGCCUCUUGGAUGGUGCAGGUCUUGCCGGCAUCUGCGGUGCCAAUUACUGUGUCCGUGCCGUGGUACGCCAAUCAGCCGGUCUCGGGACAGCUGCUGGGCGAGGUUCCGGAGUUCACGGCCACAGUCCUGGUCGGCGACGCUUGUGGCAUGUCUGCUGAUGUGGAAUGGGUUUGGGCCUUGGUCUCCGACGUCAGCCCCUUCAAGAUCUUGCUGUAUUUGGAUACCAGCGUCAGGAAUUUGACCCUUCCGGGGGAGAUCUCUGUAGCAGGGGGACCACUCCCGGCCUCGGGUUUCUUGGUGCCCGGAGACGUCUACGCAGUGGCGCUCAUCGAGUCUUCGGCCCAGUCCUCGGCCGACUUGGCCGAGGCAGCAACAAGGGGCUUGCGGUUUGCGCGCUCGGUGCCCUUCGUCGCAGAUGGUGCCCCCACCGGCGGAUACAUAACAACCCAGCCAAGCGUUGGGACUGGAAUUGAAACGGAGUUCCUUCUUGCCACAUCGGGUUGGUUCGACGAAGACCUCCCACUCUCAGGCUUAGUCUACAGGUUCUAUCGUUUUCCCCUGCCGGCUGAUGUGAGUUUGGUCGCCAAUUCAGGCAGUUUUGCGGUCAGCGGUGCCUGGAGCCGGCCUUCUGUCGACUGGCGCAACAAGAGCAGCCCGAACUUCUGGAGCAAGCUGGGGGGCAUCUUCCUGGCACAGGCAUCCGAUGUCUCUUCCCUGCGGCUAUCGCUCCCACCAGGGGAGCACAUGCUUGGUGUAGCGGCGGAGGAUGGGCUUGGAGCGGUCUCCAGUGCCUGGCUCAUGGGCCCCUUGGUUCAGGUUCCAAGCAAUGCUGCUUCGGUGGCUGCCGUGGCCCUCAACUCUGCACUACGACUUGGCGACGCUCAGACCAUUCUGAACACACUGGCCGCGUCGGCGUUCGCCAAGUCGGAUGACCUUAGCGAGGAGGUCACAGCGCUACUCGCCGCCUUGGCGACCUUGGAUACGUCCGACUUGGUGCUGUCGCAGGUCAACGCUGUUGUUGUGGAGCUGCUGAAGGAAGCUGUACCCGUUGCCGCUGCACGUGUUUCCCAGUUUCUGGCGGCUCUGUUUGCAUCGAUCGCGUCACCGACAAGUGGUCUGGAUUAUCUCUUGGAGGCAGUGCUGCUGAUCAAGAUCGUCUACGACGAAGAGGCGUGGCUUCGCACGGACGAGUUGCGAGAGCUUGUGGCCAAGUUCGGCGAUGCAGUGCUGGUUGCUGUCCCCGGCUCAAGUGAGAAACGGGUCCACUCCCUGGACCACCUCUCAGACGGGAAAGGGCUGGAGGUCGCCGUCAGAGAGGUCAGCCUCCACGAUGCCAUGCGUCAGGGCAUGUCCGUGGGAGGACUCAGCACGGUCCCACUUUCGGAGAUUGACGGUCAGGCGGGAUGCGGGACCGUUACCGGCCAAGUCACUACAUGGCGGCAAAGUAACCCAUAUGCGUGGCCGAACGUUUCGACAGAGGGAGUGGGUGCCGAUGUCACGAACCUGACAGAUGUGCAUGUGAUUGAGAUGCGACGGUGUGGUUCGCCCUUCAACAUCUCAGGUCGGAUUGUGCUGGACUUGCCCCUGCCCGAGUUCCCAACGGAGCCUGCUUUGGAAGGGUAUGCUUACAAGCCUGCCUGCAUUGUUUUCGAUGCGGUUGCAGAGCAAUGGACAACAGAUGGGCUUUGGCGGCAGAUUUCUGAUUCACUUCCUGGAACGCUAAAGUGUGCAGCGGAUCCCAGUGCAGCAGAACUCAUCGCCGCAACCGUGGUUUACAGACUUGAACUCGUGCCGGUGGUGGAAGAGCCGCCGAGCGUGGCCCUGAUCAUAGUUGCCAUCAUCGUGUUCUUGAUGUGUAUGGGUGGGCUGGCCUAUGUAAAUAUGAAGAAGUCCGAGGGGAAGAAGGACAAGGCAACACCAGACGUGGAGGCUGCGGUGUCAUCCAGAGUGGCACCGGCUCCAGAAAGUGAUGAGCACGGGCCUUAA